AUGUUGUUCAUUCAGCAAUAUUAUAAAACAAUCUGUUUAAUAUUUUUUACAUUUGUUUUUCUCUUAAUAAAUUAUUCAUAUGAUUUUAAAAAGUAUUACCUAUUACAUCCAUUUCAACCAAUCCAGUCAAUUCCACCAUUGGAUCAAUCUUUAUUAUUUCAUAUAAAUGGUAGUAUAAAAUCUAUAGGUAAAGCGUCUCCAAUCUAUAUUAUUAAUUUACCAUCUCGUCCCGAUCGACGCACCGAAUCUAUUGCACUGAUGCAGACAUUGAAUUUAGAAGCAUUUAUUGUUCCAGCUUAUUCCAUUCAUUCAACUGAGAUCCUUAGUCGAAAUAAAUAUCGUAAUAAACUACUUCUUAAAUUAACUGAAUUAGCUUGUUGGGCAAGUCAUAUGCGUGUAUGGUUAACUAUAGCUAAUAAUACACCUUGUCAAAAUAAUGCAUGGUCAAUUAUUGUUGAAGAUGAUAUAGAUCUUGAAAUUGAUACACCUCAAAUAAUGCAGUCAUUUUCACAUUCAAUAUGGAAUGAAGCUGAUUUAAUUUAUCUCGGUCAUUGUGCUAAUACACCUGGAAAACUUAUAGAUCAAUCAUCACAACAUAAUUAUCGUGUUCAUCAAGCUCUUCAUCCAAGUUGUACACAUGCAUAUGCAAUUCGAUCAGAUGCUGCUAGAAAACUUAUUUAUCUAUUAUCGAAACCAUCAAGAGCAAUUGAUGAUUCAAUAGUAAAACUUGUUGAUAAUCAUCAACUAGUUGCUUAUAGUAUUCAUCCACCUUUAGCAAUGCAACAGCCAGUUUCGAAAAACAAUCCUUCAGAUGUCAAUCAAAUCGAUAGGCAAUCUUUUAUUUAUCGAAUACAAUUUUCGAUUUAUAAAUUUACACAAUGGUUAUAUAGUGUGCCAUCGUAUGAAAAACUAAAUAAAUCAGCAUUACAAAAAGCUAAUUUAACUAAAGCAAUAUCCUGGAGAAAAAUGUAUGAAAAAGGAAUUUGGAAAAAUAUUUAA